AAAUGCUGUAAGGGCUUGUGUGAAUUAAACGCGUGAUCUAUAAAUCAAUUUAAUUGUAUAUUAAUGCAUUAAAGUCAAUACAAUAAAGUUUAUACACAUUAUAAACUAUUAAUUAAAAACGAAAAAAAAAAUCGGUUUCCGCCUUCCGCAACUUUACGAUACAAAGAUGAAAUACUAGUUCAAGAAAAUUACACCCCUUACCCAAAAUCCGCUCUAUUAGAAAGAGACAAUUUCAAAGUAGGAAGGAAAAACUAUCAAUGAACAAGUAAACUAAUAUUAUUCCACCCGUUUUAACUACAUUUGAGGAUGUUUGUCCCUCGGCCGCCACGUUCACCCGAGAUGGAAAUUAAAGGGAGGUGAACUAUCUCUUUUCCGGUCGCUAUCCUCGCCUACGCCGCGAAGAUUCAAACGGAAACAGAAAUGGCGGCUUGGGCUAAACAUCCCACGGACGGCAUGAAAAGUCUCAACGAUAUGUUUCAAACGUUCAGCGUGGACUCCAGCGACGUCGAGGAGAGGCUGUUUCGUCCCAAUGUAACGGUGACUAAAGAAGAGGACGACGACGACGGUCCGGUGGUGUUCAUCUGCGUCAAAUGCAAGUUGCCCGUCGGGGAUUCCUUGUCGUGGGACAUCAGCCAAGAUGGACAAACUCACAUUCAGCUCAAGCGAGUCACCAACAACGUCCUGGUCACUCAGAAGACUCGUCUGCAUGAAUCCAGCAAAGGUUGUCUUUGUCUGAUCGUGGAUUUGUUGUGUGUGGGAUGCCGCACAGUUCUCGGGAUGAUCUAUAGGUCUACGCCCAAGAACUUGGACCACAAGAGAUACACCUUCUGCUUGAACGUGGCCCGCAUUGACAGUUACGUGCUGGGCUCGGCGAGCCAGAAGUUGUCAGCAGAGGGCCCCAAAGAGCAGCUGGUGACCCUCGAGUACAGAAGCCAGGUUGAGCAAUUGCUGACUGAGAUGAAGAUGAUGGUUGUUUCCUUGGCGCAGCAUGUGGAGGAGCUGCAAAGCGCUGCUCAGGACAAGGCCUGAGCGCGUGGCAAGCCCAAAAGCACGCCGGCUCUCUUCCUCCUCCUCCUCCUGGAGGGCAAAUCGCGUUCGUCAGCACAUCGGACCUCCUUUGAGGUGUAUUUUCUUCUCUAGCGUGCAUGUUUGUGCAAUCACGUUUUCAUCAUGAGUGUUUUGGUUGCUUUGUGUUUGUUAUUCAGUUGUUAAGCAAAUAAAGUGUCUUUUGUUUUAUAUAUA